AUGGGUAGUGAUAGGAAAAGAAAGCUCAGCUUGGGCGAUACGGUCGGCGAAGAAGCACGUUCUCAGGGACUCGGUUCGAUUGAAGCUUUACCCUAUAUGCAGGACAAUACGAAGGAUAGUUCGAACAUCAAUGCGUCAAAAAAAAGGAAGAGAGUUGAUGGCGAGAAAGCCAAAUACCCAGACCUCACUUACUCAGACGGAAAGCUCCAGUCACCAAUCCGUAUCGCGGACUUGCAAGGGUUGCUUCUCUACUGUUUCGCCGAUGGAAUCGCUCCUCAAUGGAUCUCCUUGAAGCAUUCUGGCCAUGUGCGGAAGGUGGUUGUGCUAAUGGUGCCUGGUCUUGAGAUGGGCAUGUUUGAUGGUACAAUCUCCGUGGAUAAAGCCGCUGUCAACGGGAAGCAAGAGUUACCAGAAAACCCAACCCCAGAAGCUGUGGAGAAGUCAACUGAAGACGAACGGGCCACCGACUACAACCGAUGGAAACAGGGCCUUCCGAUUCCAGACCGUUCACAUCGUUUCAAUCCUCAACCCCUCGUACGCGAGAACCUCCCCGAAACCCUUCAACCGCUGGCCGACAUGUUCCCCCAUAUUUGGCCUAUCAAGGCACCAGGCGAUAAUAAGUACAAUAAAGUUCAUUCGCCACUACAAGCUAUCUUGAUGUCUGCGGCACCGAAAUCCAAGAAUGAAGAAUCCCGUGGGAAGGGGGCACGCCCUGCUAAAAUUGAAAAAGGCUUUGUUCCCAAAAGAACACCAAUUACAACCUUUGUCACCUCACGUGUGGACUUGCGAGAGAACGAGUAUAUUUUGCACCCUGCGUUUUUCACUUCCGAUGACGAAAGGUCGUCCGAGGCGGAGGCUCGUCGAAGAGGCGCUCACUCGUCCGAAGAUGGGUGGGUGGACACACUUGUUCCAUCGCUGGAAUCCGCUGAGCCACCUGAAGCCGAUAUCGAAAAGGGUAGCAUGACUGCUGGUCGGGACGUUUUCGCCCUUGACUGUGAGAUGUGUGUCACUGAAGGGGGACAGUCCGAGCUCACACGUAUCAGCAUGGUUGGCUGGGAUGGCGAGGUAGUCCUGGAUGAGCUGGUUAAACCCCCACGUCCAGUAGUCAAUUACCUGACGCGGUAUUCUGGGAUCACAGCAGAGAUGCUGGAGCCAGUCAAAACGACCCUAGCUGAUAUUCAGAAGCGGCUCCUCGCCAUCCUCACACCCCGUGCGAUCCUUGUGGGCCACUCUCUUAAUUCUGAUUUGAACGCUUUGAAACUCGUACAUCCUUUUAUCGUCGAUACGAGCAUCAUUUACCCACACCCUCGUGGCCCACCACUCAAAUGCAGUUUGAAAUGGCUCACUCAGAAGUAUCUAGGCAAGCAGAUACAGAACGGAAUGGAAGGUCAUGACUCCAUUGAGGAUGCGCGUGCUGUUCUUGAACUAGUGAAAUUGAAGUGCGAGAAAGGCGAGCGCUGGGGCACAAGCGAUGUCUCCAACGAAAGCAUCUUUCGUCGACUUUCACGGUCCAUUCGGCCGAAUCAUGUCCCUUGCCCUGGCGGAGAACGAACUGGAGCGGUUGUUGACUGGGGUAAUCCUGAACGUGGAUUUGGUGCCCAGGCGACCGUCUCGAUCGGAUGUCUGGAUGACGAUGCGGUUGUGAAUGGUGUCUCUGCUGUGAUCAACGGCGAUGAAUCCGAUCACUCCAUCCCUGCCGGUGGUGUCGAUUUUGCCUGGGCUCGCAUACGUGAUCUCGAACAUCUUCGCGGAUGGUGCAAUCGGCUCCCUGAUCCGAACAAUGCCAACGAAUCUACGACCCUUGUUCCUCCCCCGGAAGAGACUACACCAACAACUAUCAAUGGCGAAUUAACCGAUAAACUGCAGCCCGAUAUCUUGGCCGAUACUGUUUCCAAGACCGUGUCCAACAUCUCACGUAUUUAUGAUUCUCUUCCCGCUUGCACUCUUUUUAUGGUAUAUUCUGGAACUGGUGACCCUCGUGAAGUCAGUCGUUUGCAGUCUGUCCACAAGAAACACCGCGAGGAGUUCAACUCUGGCAAGCCCUGGGAUCAAUUGACGUACAAAUGGACUGAUGUUGAGGAGCAGAAGCUAAAGAAAGCGUGCGAACGUGCGCGUGAAGGAUGUGGUUUCAUGUGUAUUAAAUAA